AUGACCACACAAGAAGAAAUGGACCACAGGGAGCAGCCAAAUGAAACUGAAAGAAAGCAACGACACCCUGCUUGUGACAAUGUGAGCAGCCACCAGAAUCAUCGCUUGCAUGGAUCUAUUCAGACAGCAAGCGAGCCUCCCUUACCACUCGACACACUUGAUACUCGUAUUCUAGACCCGGUUACAUACGACAAUGUGCGAGCUCACUUGCCAAAUCGAAAUGCACACGGCCGUCGGCGUUUCGCAACCACCCGUGACCAACCCAAUGGUGCGCAAUGGGCAGUUUUCGAUCGCCACGAAAGCAUCACCCUUUGGGCAGAUGACUGGGGAAGAUGCUGGGAAAAGGGCUCGAAAGGUCCUGCGCAGCGAAGUGACAUGGUUCCUGUCCCCAUUUGGUGGAGGAGGACGGGCUCAUAUACAGACGCGUACAUCAAGGAGAAUGCCAGAUACGUCUUGUACUGGACGUUGGAUGGCAACUUAAGGAUCCGCCAAUCCUUACGAGAAGGGGUAUCGGCAUCCACACACUACUUCUUCGGCUAUUUCCCAAGGCGUGGCCACACCGAUCUUUGGUUUGCUCCCAGGUCUGCCCCAAGCUUCUCUAGGUUUUUCUGUUUCGACGGGGAAAUCGUGGCCCCCAAAUCACACAUCCACACUCGGCGGCAAAGCGAAUCGGAAAGGGACACACGUCACGAUUGUAUUCGACAUGCCGUUCGUCAGGGACUGGACAGCAACAGGGAUCUUGGCACCGAAGACUGUCAGCUGGAAAGAGGCAGAGCCGAACCAACAAGACCCCUCAGCGAGAAAAUCAAGAGCCUCUUGUCCCUUAUCGAGACUGCCAGCCUUGACUUCCGUCAACUGGUCGAGCGAGAGGUUGCGGACUUGAAGUUGAAUGUCGGCGAAGGAGACACGAAAAGAACGCACUCCGGCGCUGGACAACGAGUUACCAACAUUCCCGGAUCUCGAGGUUCUGUCCUGUCAGCUCGAGAUGUCUCUGUUCGCUUGCGAGCCAAUUAUACGACUCGGCUUUGCAAAAAUCAGGUUAUACGAGAAAGAACAAAGAACGGACUAUUUGAUUCUCGGAAUUGCGACGAAUUGGUUCCCGAACUUUAUCUGGUCAAGUGUCAUGUUCGACCAAGUGUCUCCAUCGUUACGGACGAACAUCUUGAAGUCGAAGUAGAAAUUGUUGAGGUUUGCCGAAGUCCGGGAACAGCACAAUCCCAGGGGGCUGGGCCAGCCUUCGCACGAGAUGAGAGACGCCAUGAGGUAGCGGGUAACGUCCACGAGGUAAAUAGACACCCCGAGACUCGGCGGCAGAGACACUCUAAGCCCGGGCAACGACAGAAGUUGCACAACGCACAGUCGGAAUCGGAACUGGAGGAGCCGCUGAAAAAUGCGGGACGUAGCCAAGACAAGCGUGACCAAGAGCAGCGGCGCCACGACGACCGAAGAAGCCCCCACGGACGCAGUGCACCCAAGCAUGACAAGCGAAAUGAGACUGUCUCUGUUACCGGUCAAUGUCUUCCCACAACCUUCGUCAAAGGGUUCCGUGCCCAGGCUCAUGGGAACUAUAGAGGCCGUUCUGGCCUCGAAACUGACAAUAAUGUCCAUACUUGGCAGUCGGAAGUGGAGGCUAGCCCUCAACAACAAGAAGAAGCCUUCUCCUGGGAGAUGCGGCAAAUAGCGCUAGCCGCUUUGGAAGGGUGCGUACUUCGAAAGGCAUGA